CAAAAUCUUAAAGAGUAAAAAGGAAGUAGUGACUAGUUUUUCACGUCUUUGUUUACUGCUCUUCUUUAGUUUCGUCACUAGAGGCGUGACGGUAAGAAUGCCGGAGGCGCCAAGCCUUGGCGUGACGGCCACAAUCCUUGUAGCGACCUGCUGUCGAUAAGCAGAUUACCACUUCAUCCUAUGCGACAACUAGCGCCGCCAUCCUCACUGCUCAUUCUUUAGCAAACUACUUUAGCACUAGCACUCUAGCAAAGCUAACAGCGCUUCUAGGAGAACGUUAAUGUUUCCAUAGUUACAAAGACGAGACUUCCGUUCCAACCGUUGAGCAAUAGACACGCGUACCGACAAGCAGGAAAUAAAGACGUGCAAUUAGCUACUACUUCCGCUUACCUCUUUAAGAUUUUUGUUAAGUUUAUCACAUAUUUUAUACGAGACCUUUUUGAUACAUUAUUAAAAUAAAUAUUCAUAUAAUAUUUUUUCUUAUUGAAUUAUUUAUUUCCGCACAUUAGUGAACACGCUACAUCCUAAAUAUCGAACUGCCAUCUAGCAGAAAAAUGUUGAAACUGUUGUUUAAAGCAAACAUUUAGCCGGUAACCAAUAACAACGCGUAACUAGUUAACAAAUUUGUGAUUUAUAAGUUUUAUGAGACUUAUAAGUUGAAUUUUUCUCUCUUUUAAGGUUAAUUAAUUAAUAAUUUUGUUAAUAUAUAACAAUAUAUGCAUUAAAUAUGAGUAUUGAUAAGUCUUUUUUAGUACAAAAGCAAGUAAAAGAUAAUUCAGAGGAUUUACAAAGAGAAUUUCUUAAUCUGAAAAAUUGGGAAGAAGAAAUGAAACGUAAAGAGAAGGAACUUCUUAAUAAAAACAAUGAUCAAGUUUUACCACCCAUAAGAAGUAAAAAGAAAAAGGUAAUGCAAAAGCCUCCAAUGAAAGAAAAAUGUAACACGAACACAAAGCGAAUUAAAUCGGGUGAUUAUUCCUCUUGGGAUAAAUUUGACGUGGAAAAAGCUUGCAAAGAAAUAGAUAAAACAGAUUCAUCCGAUGAAUCUGGAGAAGAAUUGAAUGAAGAUGAAUUGAAAAAACGGCAUGAUAUAGCAACAGAGCAUAAACAAAAGGGCAAUAUACUCGUACAGCAACAAAAAUGGGACAGUGCCAUUGCAUGUUAUUCCGAAGCAAUAAAAGUUUUUCCAUACGAUGCUGUCUUCUAUGCGAAUCGUGCUCUUUGUCAUUUAAAAAAGGAUAACUUAUACUCUGCAGAAGCUGAUUGUUCUACAGCGAUACAAUUGGAUUCACAAUAUGUGAAAGCUUAUCACAGAAGAGCACUGUCUAGAUUAGAGUUAAAACAAUAUAAAGAAGCGAAAGAAGAUUUGGAAAAAAUAUUGCAAUUAGAGCCAUCUAAUAAGGAAGCACAAGCUAAACUUGCUCAAGUCAAUAAAAAUUUGGAAACUAAGUCAAUUAUCAUAUCUGAGGAAAAGACGUCGAAGGAGACGUCAUUAGAAAAAACGAUUGGUGAAAAAAUAUGCAAUUCCAAUAAAAAAAUUAACAAGGAAAUAAGUAAUAAGAAAACAGAGCAAGAUGUUGUAAAUAAAACAAUAAAAAACAAGACAAAAUAUAUGCCAAUUCCUGACUGGUUACCGGAGAAAGAUAAUGUCGAGAUCAUAGAGCCUAUUAUUAAACCACCUCACUUGCGUUCAAAAAAGUCUAUGAAACGUAUUGUAGUACAAGAUGCAGAAUUUGAAAUUGCGUCAUGUAAAAAAGAAACUACACUAAUUGAGACAGAUAAAAUCCAAAAAGCUGAAUCAUUUAAUAUGCUUGAUGAUAAAGCUGUCGCAAAGAACAAAGUUUUAAAUAAAUCUUGCGAAGUUGAAAAAAAUGUACACGUAGAUCUAAAAAUUCCAAAAACAGCUGUACAAUUUAUUAUAGAUUGGCGGAGAAAUAAAUCAUCAGAGUAUCGCUAUCAUUACCUAAAACAAUUACCUUCGAACAGUUUGCCACAACUAUUUCAAGAUUCUAUGGAGUCUGAUAUUUUCAGUGAGAUUUUAGACAUUCUUAGAAUUGAAUUCAUACCACGAAAAGAUUCGGUAUAUCAGUAUUUGGAAUGUUUAAGUCAAGUAAAAAGAUUCCGAGCACUUAUUAUGUUUAUUAAUAAUGUCGAAAAAGAAGGAAUAAAAACUCUUAUCGAGUAUAGUAAAAAUACUGCCAAUAUAUCGGAAGAAAAAAUAAAAAAAUUAUAUGAAGUAUACGAAAUUUGACACGAAACAAAAUAUUAGGAGCAGCGGGUCUUGCGCUACUCGGUCUGGCAGUAGGUGGACGUAAAAAUGUUCUCGAUUUAGAUGUACUAGGUUCUUGUUCACUAUUAAAUUUAUUCUUCUGUAAA